GUGUCGCCGUGGUGGCUCCCAUUCGAAGGCGACGGCGGUCGUCUAUAUUUCGGUUGUAAUCUCUCCAGAAGAAAAGCGAAAUAACUCUGAACAGACAGUCAAUUUAACAGACUUUAAUGUUGAGAUUUCUUUCAAAUUCUUCUCGGUCGAGCUUGUGACAGGGCUCUGGAAUGACGGGGUGUGCCGAGAAUUUGAAUUAGCUCGCCGUUAGUUUGAAGAAAGAGUGAGUGUCGGGGUAGAGAGAGAGAGAGAGGAGCCAUUUUGUCCCGACUGUGUGGGAGAAAAGAAAGAGUGGAAAAGAGGAAUCACACGGGAGGAGAUCCUAUUUUUGCUUUGUGUUCUCAUGCUGUAAGGGGGGAAACAGUCGGGCUUGGGAAAUCUAACUUCUUGGGCACGUUAUUUAGGUGGUAUUUAGCCGAACUAGCUUGCCAAGCUAAUCAACAAAUCCCAGCUUGUUAACAGUUCACAGUCAAGAGAAGCGGGGAAGGUUGGCUAAGAAGCUGGCUUAAGACUUCACAUAGGCGUGCUAGGCUAUUCGGGUUUUUUUUGUAUCUUGUCUGGGUUAACACAAGCUGUUUUUCAAUGGCGAAGAAGACGUACGACUUGCUGUUCAAGCUGCUUCUGAUCGGAGACUCGGGCGUGGGGAAGACCUGUGUGCUGUUCCGCUUCUCUGACGACGCCUUCAACACAACCUUCAUCUCCACCAUAGGAAUAGACUUCAAGAUCAAAACUGUUGAAUUACAAGGAAAGAAGAUCAAACUACAGAUCUGGGACACAGCGGGCCAGGAGCGGUUCCACACCAUCACCACCUCCUACUACAGAGGAGCCAUGGGCAUCAUGCUGGUCUACGACAUCACCAACGCCAAGAGCUUCGAAAACAUCAGCAAAUGGCUGCGCAACAUUGACGAGCAUGCAAAUGAAGACGUUGAGAGGAUGCUGCUAGGCAACAAGUGUGACAUGGAGGACAAGAGGGUCGUACCAAAAGCCAAGGGGGAGCAGAUUGCGAGGGAGCAUGGCAUUAGGUUUUUUGAGACGAGUGCUAAGGCCAACAUCAACAUCGAGAAGGCUUUCCUCACGUUAGCAGAAGACAUCCUCAGAAAGACGCCUGUAAAAGAGCCCAACAGUGAAAACGUCGACAUCAGCAGCGGAGGUGGAGUCACAGGCUGGAAGAGCAAGUGCUGCAGUUGAACAACUCCUCAGUCUCACUUACACCAAUGCGCACACACACACACACACACACACACACACACACACACACACACACACACACA